GGAGUUUCUCCCGGUGUAGCCUGCUGGUGGGAGGGGGGAGGUGGUGCGCACAUGGAGCGGCGCUAGGCACGAACUGGUACCUGUUUCCCGCAGUCUGCGUUCUGCGUUCUUCUGCCUUUGUCUCGCUCCUCUGGUGAUGACUGUUUCUUAUUCGGGUCGCGAUCGUCACUGUCUUGGCCGGAAAGCGGGGAAGAGGGCCCGGAGAAAGCGGCCCUGCUCUUACUGGAGUACUGGAUCACAUGACCCUUGCGCCUCCCGCCACUCGGCCGGAGGCCUGUCAGGGCCUAGUGUCAGUUGGCCUAGUUGCUGGAGAAUAUUAUCAACAUGUUAUCGGAACAGUUCAAGACACUUUCAAAACAAACAAAACAUUUGCUCAAAAGUAUCAAAAUUUUUGCCGUUUGUUUCGCUUCGUUUUGUGUUUAGUGCAGCCAACUAGCUACCCACUCACUGCCACAGACCGACCCUCUGCCACAGACGCGCAGCGCACUCGCCCAUCCGCCCCCAUCUGACGCGACCCGGCCGACACGAGCUUCCCCGCCGCUGGAGCAGGCCACCCGGAGGGGCAAUGAUGAAGCGGUUCCACCAGCACCGCGGACCAAAGUUCGGAAGGACGGCUAAGUUUGUUUUCUACGCCAGAGAUACGCCAGCACACUACAGCUACAGAUACAGAAACAGAUACAGAUACAAGAUAGUAGAUACAAGACAGUAGAUACUAGGUACUAGAGAUACUAGCGGUAGAGAUACUUGGUAUCUAAGUAGGAAGCUUGUUGGCCACCAGCUGGCACGUGGUCUUGGCCUGACUCGACUUGGCCUAGGCCCAGGUCCCUCCGCCGAGAGAGACAGCGAGAGUGGCUCACCGCAUUCCCAGUUAUCAGCGGGUGAGUCACUCUGUCGUCACCGGCUGGGAUCGCUGGGGUUUCCACUCACUCUGGCGGGCUACAGCUCAUGGGCUCAUGCUCAUACUCAUGCCGUAGACCCGUUCUGGUCGGCUUUGUUUAUAUCGCGCGGGGCCGCUAAUUGCGGCAUUAGUUGGCUCUCAGCUGCAAGUGCAGGCGGACUAUAGACACCAGAGACACUACAUACACCAAAGACACUAUAGACACACCCUCCCACCCACUCUCUCUAAUCCGAACGCGUUUAUGUCUGCAGCGGAGCGAUGCACUUCUUUCUCGAAGACUUCUUGCAGCAGCACCUGUUCAAGAUUUAUGACAAGAUGCAGCGUUGCAACCAGAACGGCGGCAGCACCACCAGCACCCCCGGCAACAAGCGCUGCUCCCAGAAGUACGCCGGCAACCUGGCAGCGGCCGGCAUGAUGGCCUACCAGCAGCAUGCCACAGCCACCCUGCAGGCCGGCAGCAACACCGGCGCCGCCAAGCACCCCACACGCAAGAGCCGCUACAACAACAACAAGCAACAGGGCCAGCAGCACCAGCAGCAGCAGCAGCAGCAGCAGCAGAGGCCGGAGCAGUACGGAAACCUGAACAUGCGGAAGCGCAACUCGGGCGCCACCGGAAGCGAGUCCUCGCCCUCGCCGCCGGCCGCCGCCUGGCUGGAGCAGCGCUACGGCCACCGGCUGGUCAAGUCUUCAUUCAUCGAAGACAAGUUCCUGGGCCAGCACAACCCGGGCCACCGCAACAGCACCAGCAGCGAGGCGACCAGCGAGGACAUCGACUCCAGUAGAGAGCAUCUGAACAAGCCGAAGGGCAACCAAAUAACCGGCGGUCAUGUUGCAGGUACCCCCAUGUUGCAGGCCGCCGCCCCUGCCUCCGCCGGGAGCAAGGCCCGCCCCAAGCGCCAGCAGAAGCAGCAGAAGCUGCCGCCUCAGCAGCAGCAGCAGCAGCAGAACCCGGACCAGCAACAGAACCCCGGCAAGAUGCCGUCCCACAGCAAGCCCAAGCAGGGCAACCCGGCCGGCAAGUGGCGCCACCAGAACCCCACGGCUCCCCCCACCCACAACGGCAACAACAGCAACAAUCCACAGCAGCAGCUGGGGGGCAGCAAGCGGGGAGCCAACGGCAAGAAACCCGGAAAACCCAACCACAACAACGGACACGGAAACGGAAUCGGCGGAUGCGGAAGCGGAAGCCUGGCCAAGCACAACGGAGGCAGCAACAACAGGAACGGCAUCCUCCGGAACGGCAUCACCUGCUCCGACGGCAACUCCUCCUCCUCGGCCCUCAGCUCGCCCACCAGCUCGCCCACCGUCUCGCCCCAGAACCGGAAGCGGAUGCCGGGCCUGGAGUGGCGGAAGAACUCCAACUUCCUGGUGCCGCCGCUGCGCCAGUACGAGCAACUGGACCUGGACGACCGCACCCUCGUGCAGCAGCUGCGCCGCCACAUAAUCGACCACCACCUGCUGAGGGUCUACGGCUUUCCGGUGGAGUCGGUCGUCCACGAGGGCGCCAUCGAGAUCUUCAAGUGCCUGCCGCACAUGAGCUUCGCCGCCGCCCUGGCGGAGACGGCUCCGGCCGUGACGGUGAUCAACUGCCACGACGGCCUGGCGGAGAUCGGGGGCGAGGAGGGCGGCUCGGCCACCUCGAGCGACUCGGGCAACAGCUCGCCCCGGUCCCUGGACUCGGAGUCGGGCGGCGAGUGGAGCGGCAGCGAGUGCGAGAGCAGCUCCUCCUCCUCGGGGGCAUCGGGCUCCUCGUCCUCCUCCUCCUCCUCCUCAACCAAAUCCUCCUCCUCCUCGGCCUGCUCCUCCGGCUCGGACGCCGGCGAUCUCAACCUGGAGCUGAAGUACUGCCAGUACGUGCAGGUGGAGCGCAGCCUGGCCAAGCCCUGCGCCCGCUGCAAGCGCCACUUCCUGGUGGACGAGCUCACCGGCGAGUACCUGACCUGCGAGGAGUGCCACUACCACUCGGGCAAGUUCCAGCGCUACUUCGACGGCGUCAGCAUGGGCCGCUGGAGCUGCUGCCACGCGACGGACGAGUCCUCGCCCGGCUGCUGCCACAGCGAGCGCCAUGUCUGGACCGGAUCGGUGGUGGGCGUCAACGGGCCCUACCACGACUUUGUCCGGACCCAGCCGCGCCGCCGGAUGGGCCAGGACCACGACCUCCCGGCCGUCUAUGCCCUCGACUGCGAGAUGAGCUACACGGGACGCGGCCUGGACGUGACCAAGGUGUCGCUGGUGGCCCUCAACGGGCAGCUGGUGUACGAGCACUUCGUCCGGCCGGAGUGCGACAUCAUCGACUACAACACCCGGUACUCGGGCAUCACGGAGCGCGACCUGCGCACCGGGGGCGGGGCCAAGUCCCUGGCCGACGUGCAGCGCGACCUGCUCGAGCUCAUCUCGGCGGACACCAUACUCAUUGGCCACGGACUGGACAAUGACCUGCGCGCCCUCCGGAUCGUGCACAACACGCUGAUCGACACCUCGAUCAGCUUCCCCCACUGCAGCGGCUUCCCCUACCGGCGGGCCCUGCGCCACCUCACCAAGGUGCACCUGAAGCGGGAGAUCCAGAGCGGGGACGGCACCACCGGCCACAGCAGCUUCGAGGACUCGCGGGCCUGCAUGGAGCUGAUGCUCUGGCGGGUCAACCGGGAGCUCCUCGACCCCACCUGGAGCUGGGACGAUUGAGCGCGGCAGGGGCGCAGCGGGAUGGGGGGGGCAGCAAGUACUUCUAGUUGAUAAGUUAGUCGUUCGCCUAGUUUGUAUUCUAAGCAGAAAGCAUAAGAAAAGCAAAGGAUAACAAGGAAAAGAAACAAAUCUCAGCUGUGCCGGGAACGGGGACGGGGACAUCGGUGACCAAAUGGGGAGUGGCUCGGGACCAGUGCCCUGGCUGCCCAGCAUUUGGCCGCCCAGGUCCCCCUCCCGCCCGGCAGGUAAAUCCCAAAAUUCAAAUGACAAGGAAAUGAAAGAGCUCUGGUUCGAGGUUCAGGCCGAGGUUCAGGUCGGAAGGCCGCGAGGGCGCAUUGGCGCACAAACGAUGAGAAUGAAAAUGAAAAUGAAAAUGAAUUGAAAAUGAAUUGAAAAUGAAAUGAAAAUGAUAUAUUUAUAUAUGCGACAGAUAGGGUAUAUUUUGUAAGCGUAUAUUUAUAGACGAAAGCUAAAAAAUAUAACUUUAAUCUACAUAUGUACAUACGCAUACUGAUUCUACUGUCGAACCACGAGAAAAUGUACUGAAGUCUUAGCUGUGAUGUUUUUUUUCACUUUCUCACAUAUUUACACGAAAAUUCAACAAAAAUACAAAAUGCAAAAAAGCAAAAAUGAAUGCAAAAUACAAAAAAACAAAAAUACAAAAAUAUAUACAUUACACGCAUACAUUAUCAGCUAUUUUUUUUUUUUUAAAUAGAUGUAUGGAAACCCCUUAUUCUUGACCAAAACGAAAUCACUCCAUUUAGGCUUAGGUUCUAAUCCGCACACCCCCUAGCCACAUACGAUUAUUUUUUUGUUUUUUUUUCUACCAUCUACCAACUACCAUCUCAUACACUUAGAGAAACGAACGGAGCAAGCAGAAAGUUCAACUUUAACUACCUUAUACACUUCGCAUAAUGUAAGUUAGGCCCCUACUCUAGGCUAGUGUCCUGCGUCCACUUCCUGUUUUGAUUAUCUGAUUAUUUAUUCCACACGACUCACCCCAUCUCACCACGACAGUUCAUUGGAAAUUUCUCCAAGUGUACAACUUUCCACACUGAACGCCCCAUCAUCUAGGCCUAAGUUUACACGCAAGCAACCCUCUAUUUUCUUUAAGUGUAAUUGUAACUCGACGAGGACACUCCACUCGACAAUCGAUGUUCCUAGCAGCCUAGCAAGUCGAGCACGGCGAGGUGGCUCGGUCGCCAGAGUAUACUUCAACGAUGAAAAUAAAGAACAAUGAUUUGUUUAAAAAUUAAA